AUGUCUUCCAAAUCCAUUUCUGCUUCUGCCACUGAUGCUGCCAACCAGGCUCUCAUCGCUCUUGUCGCCAGGCUCAACGACAUGGUUCAACAGGUUCUCCGGUCUCGAUCGCAGGAGGAGAAAAUGGAAUUGAGCCGGACGAUUGCUCGCGAAGUGAAUGAGGCCAUUCAUUCCCAUGGGAGGGUGGCCACCUACGUUCCCCCUACCCUGCUGUCACUGGCAGCUGAGAUUUUUCUGGCUCAGAGGCGCACCACUCAAUUGGUGGAAGUGCCGGAUUGGAAUCGGGUUGGGAUGAAUGCAAACAUGUGCAUGAAGCAUCCUUUGUACCCUAAGACAUUGGGUCAAGCACCUCCUGUUACAACUGCAGCUGCCAAACCUGCACCUGCACCUGCACCAGUACUGGUACCGGCACCUCCACCGGCACCUGCACCGCAACCUGCAUCUGCACCUCAACCUGCACCAGCACCUGCACUGGCACCACUCAGCAUUCGCAUCCCCUGCAAUGCAACAUCCGGUGCGACUGCACCGGCAGGACCAUCAAAGCCCCGGAAGCGUGUCCUGAAGUCGAAGGUAAUGUUGUCGGAUACCGACUCUGACUCUCAGAAGCCCAAGGAAAAGGGGAAGGCACCGGCAGAUGAUGGGGAUGAGGAUGUCCAGAUGGCCAUUGACCCCCGGAAAUUAACGCGAAAACCUGUCAUCCCUCCUAAACACAAGGGUGCUGCACCAAAGGCAAGUGAGCUGGCCAUUCUUAAGCCGGGCAAGCAACAAAAAAUGUUCAUGGACAAGGGCAAGGGCCAACAACCGUCCCGCCUUGAUGGACCUCUGCCUCCUUGUGACAGAUGCCGGACGAAGAAUGUUGAUUGUAGCGUUCGGUUGACAAAGAAAGGCGAGAUCACCUUAUCUUGCACUUUGUUCCAUAUUUGGAAGAUGGCGUGCAUCCGAACCGACCUUUCGAGAUCAGGCAACACCGCUGUCACCACUCCCACUACCACCACCACCAAAACUGCUGCUGCACCAGUGACCACUCACUCCAAGACUACCCAGACUAGGGCGACCGUACAGAAGAAGAUCAGUGGGCAGUCUCAAGUCACAGGCAGUCCCAUCCAAGAGGAAGAGGAUAUCCACAGCAACGUUGAUGACGCUCCGGAAGUGACCGGUACCGGCGGUACUGCACUGACACCGCCGCCUUUGGCAUCCGCAGCCGAUUUCCCGGACGAUCACUGGGUCGAACCCGGUGAGGAUGACAUGUCACCUCCAUCACUGGUCAUGGCCUCAGAGGACGAUAUCCGGUUCUCACCAAUGCCUCCGAAUUACAACCUGCCCUCCCCUGUCGCGCCUUCUGCCACCCAGCACCCUCUUGCUAAUGAGGAGAUGGAGGCCAUGUUGGCCCAAAUUCGCACUGAUAUGCAGGAACUUCACACAUGCGAUAGGAUGGAAAUCGACCUCCGGCAUGAUCGCCUGGAGCAUCACAUUGAACUCGCCGAGGCAUCUGACAAUGCCAUGUCCAUGCAGGUUGAUGAGAUAGAGCGAGAUGCGCGUGUGCAGCGGGGACUCCUCAGUGAGUGUACGGCCGAAGUGAGAGGCAUUGUGAGGUAUCUGAGGGAGCAGAGGUCCGGUCAAGCGACAACGGCGACUCCACCAGCAUACAAUCCACCUGCCAUCGCAGUCCCUGGCUCAUCCAUCAGUGUGUUUGCCUGCACUGUGACUAACAAUGUGUUCACUCCGGAUGCAUAUUGGAUGGGCGGCCAGACCGGUGGUGAUAUGUUAGGAGCUGCAGAUGGCUCACCGGUCGCAAGGCAAAACCGGUUGCCAUCCACUUCCACCAUCGUACCUUCACUCACAAUGAGGGCAUCCAGCCCAUCUGUUCCUCCAGUUGGUGCACCACUGGUACAGCCUCCUAUUGUGCCAGCGGUGUCCAUACCUUCCACUGGUACCGCUCAUACAUUCAUCACCGGGCCAUCAGAUGUGCCGGACGAUGGGCAGUCCAUCUCGGCUCCUUUGCCACGCACGCAAUAUGGACCUUUAUCACACCAACGUUGGACGGUGAGCGUUAACAAGAGGAACAUUGCUGUACCGGAUGACAUGUCCAUGUGCCGGAUGACAUGUCCAUUUACCGGAUGUACAUUCCUAUACUACCAUCUAUACUAUAUACCACCGGCCCAUCCGGUUGCAUCAGGUACACACCACCACUGGCCCACUCGUCUUGCAUGGUACAAUUAUUGCCAUGGGCCCACAUGGGCUGGCCCAUCUCUAUUGACGGGUGAAUUCACUGAAGGGGCUCCCAAAGGGUUGCUGACCCACGACCGCGCCAGUGUAUUUCUCGUUGUGAUAGACGGGUUGUAUGAAGUAGCCCUUGGAGUCAUCACCUGCAGGAUCAUGAGAAAAGUCGCAGGGACGCUCAAAGUUGGGGGCGCUCAGACAAAGAAGGGCAUUGACCUCCCUUGGGUCAAUGGCAGGAUUGACGGAGAGGUAAACAACUUGUGGAAGAACUACAGCAAAUUCUCGGGAAUUGUGACUCCAACAUUCGUCCGCAUCACCAAGCACGACAAUAACAAUGACCACAAAGACUCGGAGUGA